UGCACGGUGAUACUGCAAGACCCAUUGCCCCUCCUCGCCCCAGAUUCUAAGCUCGCGUCAUGUCUGAUUUGACCGAGGAUUUUCUCAACGCUCUCGAUGCCGCCGCUGACUUCGCGACGAUUGUGUCAGCCAGCAAGCCGGCCAUGCGCGUCAUAAAGAAUCGACUGCCCAUCAACCAGCUCAAAUACGGCGAUCAAUAUCAGGAAUCCAGCCUCAAGCUACUGGAGGCAUCCGUCAGAAUCAUGCCGCCGGACAUCCAUGAAAGCUUGAACGAUAAGUAUGAUGAAAUUAAGCAAUUUCGAGAUAAUCUAUACGUAAAGCACGGACUCUGGCAACGUCGUCAUGCAAUCUCCUCGUAUAAGAAUACCGCGAAGAAGCUGAACUGUGAUAUGCAGCAGUCUUCACGUACUGCCAGAAGCCAGUACGUUCGGAUAACACGGACGAAAAUCCAUAAAUCAUAUUCUGGCGAUGACGCUGCUGCCGGUGUCUCCUCUGAGACAAACGAGGUGGCCGUUGGAACAUCGACAUCGGCAUCCGGCACUGCAGAAACUGAUAUCACCGAUCUGUAUCGUCGAGAGCCUACCAAUCAAUCAAGCGUAUAUUUGAUCAGCAAUCCCUUCCGCGAGACAUCGUCGGUGAUCGUGCAUGAUGAGCGCGCCGCAAUGCCGGAAGAGGAGGAGGACUACGAGCUUGAUGACGUCACGAACGCACCCUGAGAGGUGGUGAAGACUGUAGGAUGGAUUGUGAUACCUUUUUUGAAGUCAAUCAAUGGUACAGGGGCAAGAAGAUUACAUGCUCGAUAGACCUCACUCUACGGCACGAUAUCCAGCUUCUCCUCUGGUAGGAGUGCAGGACAAGGAGCAGCCUGAGAAUUCCUUCUACAUCCUGUUGUGCAGCUUCGAUGCGGGCACUCGCAGAUUUUCCGCCGAUCUGCGUCAAUACUGUACACACUACAAUGCGGCUGCACCAUAUAGCAUGUGGGCAUACAUACUCGUCUCACUAAUCAGAGGCUCGAAUCCGGGUUUAUUUGUAUUGAGUAAUGAAUCUUAGGGACAACUGUAGCAGAUUGUGGAUUGCUGAUACACCAACCAUGCGCUCAA